AUGACAACACAGGGUCCACCAGUGGUGCCAGCUGCAAAGCCCAAGCAGUUCGAAAGAAAACAGUUCCGCAAAGAAGAACCUGUGAAUCCAAGAAGAAACGCUCCAGAUCAAGAUCAAGGCGGUAUAAUUUAUGCCUACGUCAGCGAAAGCGAGGUAGCUGCGCUGGCUACAGUAAAUGCACAGAAUAUGAACCAGUUCGUGCUUGAUCUAGAAACCCUGGUCUACAAAGAUAGCACUGGGGCGAGGAAUCAGCCUAUUAAUCAACGUCGUGACCAAGCAAAGAUUGAUUUCAUCAAAGAGUGCUUCUUCAAACACUAUAAAGUACCUGAGGCUUUCCGCAAGCAACUGUGGAAUGACAGGGUCCUAUGUCUGAAUAAUCGCGCAUACCACACGAGAAAAGCAGAAGAGAAAAAAGCAGAAGAGGAGAGCAGGUAUGGAAUCUGA